UUCUCUAGUCGCUUGGCUUGUGUAUGCCCGACGCGGUGAGAUCUUGGAGGGCCCUAAUGUGAUGAAGGACAACAAAUUCAACAAAGCUGUUUGCCUGCAGGAGCCAUCCUAUGGCGAAUGCAAGGGACGUCGCUCCUUGUGGUACUACAAUUCAUUUACAAAUAAAUGCGAGAUGUUCAUCUAUUCGAACUGUGGUGGCAACGGAAAUCGCUUCCUCACCUAUAAAAACUGCGAGAGACUUUGCCGCAUACCCAAGUGGCAUUCUAGUAUGUUUGUAACUGAAUGAUUGAAAAAAGAUAAACAUAUUCCAUAAAUGUUGAUAAUAAUAAUGAUCUGU